AUGGUCGCCGACAUCAACCUGCUACCGCCUUACACUCCGCCUCCACCAACACAGGAGGACUUGGACUACGUUGAUCUCGUCAACAUUGACCUCUCAAAGUUCGACGACCCCGAAGGCCGGAAACAACUCGCCAAGGACCUCUUCGAGGCUGCCACGGGUUACGGAUUCCUUACCUUGACCAACCAUGGCAUCUCGGACGAGACGUACGAGCGCCAGAUGCGCAUCGCCAACGCUGCCAUGACUCUGAAGCCCGACGAGAAGGCGCCCUACGAAGUAACCCCGGAGGAGGACGCCCGCGGUCUUUAUGCUGGGUACAAACCCGCCGGACCCCUCGGACACAAGGGCGGCUUUCCCAAGGCCCUGGACCACUACAACAUGCUGGUCCACGACCCCAAGAGCCGGCCCCACCCCGAAAUCAUUCGUCCCUUCAUGGAGGAAACACACGAAGUCAUGAGCUACAUCCGCACCAACAUUCUCGUCAAGCUGCUGAAGCUUGUCGCCAUGAUCCUCGAAGUGUCACCGGAGUCCGUUCUGUCAACACACGCCCCCGGCGGUUCCAAGACGGAGUAUCUCAGAUAUAUGAUGUGCGAGCCACGGUCAAAGGAGGAGAGCGAGAAGUACCGUGACAUCUUCCUCGCCGGACACACUGACUGGGGCACCUGGACCUUCCUCUUCUCCCAGCCUAUUGCAGCCCUCCAAGUCCUAUGCCAUCACACCGGCCGGUACAGACACGUCAAGCACCAGCCGCACGGCAUUGUUGUCAACUUUGGCGAGGCGCUCGAGCGCCUCACCGGCGGUCUUUUCAAGGCCACCAUUCACAGAGUGAUCCCUGACCACGGAGCCGCCGCCACAGAGCCGCCCGAAGACCAGCGUCACCUCCGCCGCAUCGGCGUCAUCUACUUCUCCCGCCCCGCCGACGACCGCGAGCUCGUCCCCAUCGAGAACUCACCCCUCCUCCAGCGCAUGGGCACCGACAAGCCCAUCGACGAGCGCAUCUUCUGCAUGGCCGACUACCUGGACGCGAGGAAGCACGGGUGGAAGCGCUACGACUUCGACAUCGACCGGCCCCGCGAGGAAGGCAAGCACCAGGACCCCUUCGACGGCGAGUACACCGACCCCGACGGCCACAAGAGCCUGGGCAAGUUCGACAACGUGCCGCGUCUUCAGUAUAGCCUUCCUACGGUCAAGACUGGUACUGCGUGA